AUGGAGGUUGCUACGGGUAGAUUAUUAAAGAAAUGGCACGCUCAUUAUAGGGCAGUUACAUGCUUAGUUUUCUCCGAGGAUGAUUCACUCCUCAUUUCUGGGUCAGAGGAUGGAUGUGUUAGAGUUUGGUCGCUUUUCAUGAUCUUUGAUGAUAUUAGAAAACAGCAGGCGAGUCAUCUUUAUGAGUAUAGUUUUACUGAACAUACCCUGCGAGUAACGGAUAUUGUUAUGGGAUAUGGUGGAGGGAAUGCAAUUAUUGUGUCGGCUUCUGAGGACCGCACGUGUAAGGUAUGGAGCUUAUUCAAGGGAAGAUUAUUCAGAAAUAUUGUGUUUCCUUCCAUCAUUGGUGCAAUUGCUAUAGACCCUGGUGAACAUGUUUUCUAUGCUGGCGGCCGAGAUGGUAAAAUUUUUAUCACCGCACUUAAUGCUGAAAGUUCCCCAAGCAACAAUUAUGGAUUGCACAUUAUCGGUUUGCUGAUUGAUCAAAGUAAGCCUGUUACUUGCUUGGCAUAUAGUGCAGAAGGAAAUUUGCUACUAACAGGAUCAGAGGAUGGCAUGAUUCGAGUUUGGGAUGUGAAAACCAAAAACAUUGUUCGCAUGUUCCGACAUUCCAAAGGUACCCUUUAA